CUAUCCAACUAUAGCAUUUAUCUUUCUUUUAAUAACAGCAAUUAAGUAUCAUUAUGCAUUAGAUGCUGAUAUUAAUGACAAUUUAGAAAUAAAUAAUGAAAAAUCUAAAAAUUUGAGUGAAUCCUCAAAUUUAUCUGACUGUGAAGAAAAUUAUUGGAAUAAUCUAUCAAAUAUUUGUCUUCUUUCUAUAUUGUUAGAUCUACAGUUAAAAGAAAUAGCCUUUACAAGUAAUGAAAUUCAUAAUGAUACUAUUUGUGAAUACCUAUAUCAACUCCAAUUACUAGAUAUACAAGUAUUUGAAAUACUCAAAGAACUAGAAUUUUAUAAUUUACUUGAGGAAUCUGCUACUUCAAAUUCUACAAGACAAUUUUCAAAAAAAAUGUUUGAAGAUAUUAUAUUUGAUACUACUCAUAGAUUGCAAUAUUCAAUUGAUAAAUUAGAUUUUUAUCUUAAUUUAAAGCAAACACCACUAGCUUCUU